GCUGCAAAACAAGAAACUUCUACUUUACUACUUCUGACUGAGCUAAAUCAGCCAUUGAGAGAUGAGGGCCUCUAAAAGAGAGUCGGCCACUGAUAAAGUGUCAGAUGAAGGUACAGAAAAGACAGUGAAAGACGAUGCAGUUCAUCUCAGGAGGAGUAUAGGCCUGCUGCCGUCUAUUUCCUUCAUCAUCGGCACUGUGGUGGGCAGCGGCAUCUUCAUCGCCCCCAAAGGCGUGUUGAUGAAUUCGGGCAGUGUGGGAUUGUCCCUGCUGGUCUGGGCUCUGUGUGGCGUCCUCUCCACUUUUGGUGCUUUAUGUUAUGCUGAGCUGGGCACGAGCUUUAGAAAAUCAGGUGGUCAUUACACUUACCUGUUGGAGACCCUGGGGCCCCUGCCUGCCUUCCUGCAACUGUGGAUUGAGUUCAUUUUCAUCAGACCCGCAGUGGCCACAUACGUGUCUCUGGCUUUUGGCCAGUAUGUAGUGGAGCCGUUAUUCAUGCCGUGUGCCGCUCCAACAGCUCUGGUCAAAGUCGUCAGCAUGCUGGGAGUCACGUUUGUGGCGGCAGUGAACUGCUGGAGUGUGUCGAUGGCAGCUCGUACACAGGUCUUGCUGACCUUCAUCAAGAUGUUUGCUCUGAUUCUGAUCAUCAUCCCGGGCAUCAUGGCUCUGGUCAAUGGGAAAACUGAAAAUUUCCGGAAUGCCUUUGACUCAGAUUCUUUAUCUCUGACCAAACUGCCGCUGGCCUUUUAUUCAGGUCUUUAUGCAUAUGGUGGAUGGUUUUAUUUAAAUUUCAUAACUGAAGAGGUAAUUAAUCCAAACAGAACCAUCCCACUGGCCAUCGUUUUCUCUAUGGUGACUGUUACCGUGUUUUACGUGCUGAUCAAUGUGGCUUACUACACCAUUAUGACCGCGAAUGAGUUACUGAUGUCAGGUGCCGUGGCAGUGACAUUUGCAAGUCGGGCUCUGCAGGGUGUAGCUCCAGCAAUACCAGUAUUAGUCGCUCUUUCCUGCCUUGGAGCACUUAAUGGAGGAUUUUUUAGUUCACCCAGGAUGUUGUUUGUGGGAGCCAGAGAGGGUCACUUACCAGCUAUCUUCUCCAUGAUCCAUAUCCGCAGACAAACACCACUGCCAGCUGUGCUAUGUUUGUAUCCUCUGGUGAUCAUCAUGAUGGCGAGAGGAGAGAUCUUUCAACUGAUCAACUUUGCAUCCUUCUCCCGUUGGCUCUUCAUUGCCUUGGCCACAUUAGGAAUGAUCAUCCACCGCUACAGAUUUCCAGAUCAUCCCAGACCAUUCAAGGUCCCUCUGGCAGUUGUGGUGAUGUUUACCAUAGUGUGUUUCUUCAUCGUGGGUCUGUCCUUGUAUUCGGACCCCUGGAAUACAGGUGGCAGCUGUGCCCUCACAUUAUCAGGAGUACCUGUGUAUUACCUGACAGUCAAGAAGUCAUACAUACCCAAACGCUGGAAAAAAGCCUUCAAUUAUUUAAGCCUACAUCUGCAGAUACUCCUGGAAGUGGCUCAGCAGGAAGUUCAGACGUACUGAUGGAGCUUCACCAAACUACAGACCUGAGUGUUGCAAAGGGCAUCAAAGUUCAUUUUAGUGGUG